UCAUAGCGGCGUAUCGAGAGCUCGACAAGUCACUUAUCCAGCAGCACAUCACUAGUUUGCUCUUAUGAGACCCUCGCGCUCAGGCAUCUUUACGGCCAUAAGAUCAAGCAAAGGUGCGGAAGGGCUUUCCCAUUUCACUUGUCCAUACACUGAGGUGUCUAAUGGCCUCCAGCUCAGGGCUGUCCAUGUGAGAAGUGAAUCUGAGAAGAGAAGGGCAGACACUUAAAGAGAGUGAAGAGUUUCCCACACAGCAUGGCCUCUGCCAAAGAAGAUGGCGUGGAUGAAAGAACGGUCGACAUUAAAGAAGAGGACUGUGAGCGGCCCACACCAGAGGAAGUGUGUGUGAAGCUGGAGAAUCACGAAGAAAGAAUUUCAGUUUUUAAAGAGGAGGAGGAGUGCAAGGGGGUGACUGCUGCCAUUAAAGCUGAGGAAUUGAAUGAUUUCUCUGUUGGCCUUGAUUUUAAAAAGCAUGAAGCUGAGGAUAUUUUCCAGCAAGAUGCCUGUGAAGAAUCUCCAUUCAGUUUACAGCCCUGGUCCACUAAUACGGGACGACUGGCUACACAGGAGAAUUCUGUAGAGCUCAAAUCCGAGUUAUCAGAGUCUGAAGAGAAAAUCACCGAGGGAAAUGGGAGAGAAGGAGAAGAGUCACCUGGGAGUGUUGGAAUAAAUUUACAGAAGAAUGGCAGUUUCUCUCCACCUUCCUUUGGUCAGCCCUCUCUUCAAUACAAACAGAAAAGUAUGAAGAAAUCAGCAGCAGGAUCAGAGAACCUGACAGCAGCCUUUUUGCAGUGCAGUUCUCUCCCUGCUACUGGAGUAACACAGACAGAAGCCAUCAAAACUGAUCAACAGCAAGUGGAGAAAGAAAUUCAAGUUCACACUGGAAAAAAAUGUUGUUUUGAAUGUGGCAAACAAUUCAAACAGAAAAGUAAUCUUAAUAAGCAUUUGAAGAUUCACAAUGGAGAAAAAACAUAUUGUUGUAAUGAAUGUGGUAAGUCAUUCUCAAGGGGAAGCAAUCUUCGGAGGCACAGAAGAAUCCACACAGGAGAAAAACCUCAUUGCUGUUCAGAAUGUGGAAAGUUGUUCUUACAGAGAAGUGAACUUCAGAAGCACAGAAGAAUCCACACAGGAGAGAAGCCUCAUUGUUGUCCAGAAUGUGGUAAGUUGUUCUUAUGGAUAAGUGAAUUUCAGUUGCACAAGAAAAUUCACACUGGAGAAAAACCUCAUAGUUGUUCAGAAUGUGGUAAAUCCUUCUUAAGGAGAAACAGUCUUCAGAACCACAGACGAAUCCACACAGGAGAAAAACCUCAUUGCUGUUCAGAAUGUGGUAAGUCGUUCUCAAUGAGAAGCGAUCUUCACAGGCACAUAAGAAUCCACACAGGAGAAAAACCUUAUUGCUGUUCAGAAUGUGGAAAGUCGUUCUCAAUGAGAAGCAAUCUUCAGAUACACAUAAAAGUCCACACAGGUUAAAAACCUCAUUAUUGUCCAGAAUGUGCUGAACAAUUUUCUGACAAAUGCAGUUUUCAAAGGCACAUAGAAAUUCAUACUGGAGAGAAGCCAUAUUGCUGUUCUCAUUGUGGAAAAAGGUUUUAAACAUUAGCUCUUUUCAAGCUAACAGACAAACUCCCACUAAAAUGAAAAUGCAGUAUGUGUGUUCUAAAUGUGUCAAAUGUUGUACAAGCCAGAAAGGUCAGACAUGGCAAAAUCCAUACUGAAGGAAAAUCUCAUUGCUGUUUUGAAUGUGAGAAAUGAUUAUUAUUUUUAAGUACACUUCAGUACCACACCAGAGCUCAUACUGGAGAUAACAGAAUGAGGUAGCAAUAGUACCGUGCGGUGAUAACAACUUCAACCACAGAACACGACUGAAAAAGUUUAAUAUAAUAAUGAAAAAAUGGAGAAGUCAAAUCAAAUCCACAGUGCAGUGUCACUGACGACGAGGGGAACAUUUUUGAUUCAGAGCUUUGGAAAUGGGGCCUUAGAAGAGUCGCAAUGAACUUGUAUCCUCUCUGGGAUGUCAUCUGAUGGCUGAUUCCUGGGCUGAGUGCAGACAGCCAUUCUUAACCUUAAUAAAGAAGAAGUUGUUUAGUGAUGUCGGCUGACAGCCAAUGCUACCCAAUCAGAUGCUGGGCAGGACUGCAGGCUAUAAAGAGAGCCAUCACAUGACUGACCAAUGUAGAAGGUGUGGCAAGCGAUUGAGGGCUGUACCCAGCCGGUAUGCCCGGAAGGACCGGAAGAGGGACUACGCCUCCUCUGGACCACAAGGGGGCGACCGCCCUUGUGGCUAUGGGGAUCACGAGAAAUGAGCUUGGAAGGUCAAUCCUAUGUGGGCCUGUGGUCACCGCCAGGGGUCGCCCUGAUGCCUGAGGAGCCCUGUCCCUCAG